UUCUUUUUUAACCCUUUCUUUUUCUCUCUUUUCUCAAAUGAAUCCUCAGAGCCUUUUGGCUUCGGCAGCCAUUAACAUAGGAUUGGCCUUAGUGAUUCUGUUUCUCUUCUCCAUUUUGAAGAAACAGCCUUCAAACGCUCCCAUAUACUACCCUCGUCCUCUUUCCAAACGACAUCCGAUCAUCUUCCCCCCUCCUUUCUCUCUGGCUCGUUUCUUUCCUUCCUUUUCUUGGAUCCCUCGAGCCUUUCGUUUCACUGAAGAUGAAAUCCUUGCAACCAGUGGGCUUGAUGCUCUUGUUGUUGUAAGACUCUUCAAGUUCGGGAUCAAUUUCUUUGCUGUUUGCUCUCUUGUUGGAUUGUUGAUACUCCUACCGAUUAAUUAUGCUGGACAGAGUGACCCAUCUGGAAGUUACCGUUCCAUGGAUUCUUGCACAAUAUCUAACAUCAAAAGAGGUUCUAACAUGCUUUGGGUGCAUUUUAUAUGCUUGUGGUUUAUAUCUUUUUAUGGAUUAUACCUUUUGUACAGGGAAUAUUCUGAGAUUUUGGUGAAAAGGAUUCAACAGGUGCAGAACCUGAAGCAUCAUCCUGAUCAGUUUACGACUCUAGUUCGACAAGUUCCAUUCUGCAAUGAACACAAGGCUCGUGGCUGUAGUGUUGAUCACUUCUUUUCUAAACAUCAUCCUCACAGUUAUCAUUCUUACCAAAUGUUAUAUGAUGGGAAAGACAUUGAAGAUCUGUUGAACCAGGUGAGAUAUAUUCAUCAGAAGAUACAAGACUUAAAAAAGAGAUGUACAGUAAAGAAACAAGAUGAGGAAAUGUUAUGCUUGGAUGAAUAUCGAGAUGAUUAUGUGAAAGCAGCCCUGCUUGAGGAAAAGCUUCAGGAACUCUGUCAUAAGAUUCGUCAUUUACAGAGUGAAGAUAUGCUCAAAGAAAAGGAAUUGCCUGUUGCCUUUGUCACAUUCAAAUCCCGCUGGGGAGCUGCUUUGGCCGCCCAAGCUCAGCAUCACAUGAAUCCACUUCUAUGGAUCACUGAAGUAGCUCCAAAACCAAGUGAUGUCUCAUGGAGGAAUCUGGAAAUUCAAUAUAAAUUUUUACCGCUUUACAAAAUCAUAGUGAUUCUUGCUGCAUCACUUCUUACAGUUUUCUUUGCAGUCCCAGUCACAGCUGUUCAAGGAAUAGCUAAAUUUGAGAAACUUAAGAGAUGGUUUCCUCCAGCCAGGGCUAUAGAAUUGAUACCAGGAUUAUCCUCUGUAGUGACGGGUUACCUUCCCAGUGCCAUCCUCAAAGGAUUUCUAUGCAUUGUUCCAUUUGCAAUGUUUGCCAUGGCUAAAGUGAGUGGCUCUAUCUCAAAGAGCAAGGCGGAGAUCAAAGCUUGCAACAUGGUUUUCUAUUUUCUUGUGGGAAAUGUUUUCUUUUUGAGCUUGAUAUCGGGGUCCUUGCUUGAUGAAAUUGGAGAAUCUUUUAGUCAUCCUAAGAACUUGCCUGGUCAUCUUGCUAGCCUUGUCUCUUCUCAAGCAGAUUUCUUUAUGACAUACAUCUUGACAGAGGGGCUCUCAGGAUUUUCUUUGGAGAUUCUUCAGCCUGACUUACUAUUGUGGACUCUUAAAAAGUCAUACACCUAUGGCCGAGGAAAGGAGAAAGACUUAUAUCUUUAUUCACUACCAUACUUUAGAAUCAUCCCGACUGUCUCCCUUUCCAUACUGAUUGGUAUAGUGUAUGCAGUUGUUGCUCCAUUGUUGCUCCCAUUUCUUAUUAUCUACUUCUUCCUAGGCUAUGCUGUGUAUAUCAAUCAGAUUCAGGAUGUAUACGAUACUGUUUAUGACACAUGUGGUCAAUUUUGGCCAUUCAUUCAUCAUUAUAUAUUUGUUGCAAUCAUUCUUAUGCAAAUUACUAUGAUUGGUCUCUUUGGACUGAAAUCGAAACCAGCUGCUUCUAUAUCCACCAUUCCCCUUAUAUUGCUGACCAUAAUGUUCAAUGAGUACUGCAAGAUCCGCUUUCUUCCUACAUUUCGAGGAUACUCUAUUCAGAAUGCCGUUGAGAAUGAUGAACUCGAUGAGAAAAGUGGUCAGAUGGAAGCUAGCUAUGUGAAAGCAGUUGGAGCCUAUCGCCAACCGUCUCUGCGUCCAGUGAGUUUUACACAACCGGAGUCCAACUUGACACAACCAUUGAUAACUUCGUUGUAAUUUUACUCAAGAUUAUUUGCUCUAAUUCCUUGUAUGUUACAUCCCUCGACACCAUUUUAUUCCAGAUAGUUA